UCUUUUGGAUUGGUAAUGGGACGGGAGGGGUUCGUGAGUGUCAGUGAUUGGAGACUGAUGAAGUCACUGGUGGGGAAGAUCUAUUUUGACAAAGCCUGGAAUACCCCAUAUAAAACAGUCUGUCUAUCAUGGGAGCACCCACUUCCUCUGAACCAGUUAAGUCUUACCUACCUGACUCCUUCUGGGACUGAGAAGGAUUUCCCAGGCAUCUACCUUUUUAGAAGAGAGCAGAAAAUGAUGAAGUCCCAGGGGUUAGUAUCAUUCAAGGAUGUGGCUGUGGAUUUCACCCAGGAGGAGUGGCAGCAACUGGACCCUGCUCAGAAGACCCUGUACAGGGAUGUGAUGCUGGAGAACUACAGCCACCUGGUCUCAAUGGGGCAUCCAGUUUCCAAACCAGAUGUCAUCUCCAAGUUGGAACAAGGAGAAGAUCCAUGGAUCGUAAAGAGAGACAUACCAAAUUGGAUCUAUCCAUAUGAAGAUCAGGCAGAUGGGCGACAAGGGAAGUGAAAUAUCAGGUUUUUUUUUAAUUGAUUGAUGCCUGAGGCUUAUGUUUCUCUCCUUAGUGAAUUCUCUUAUUCUUUGUUCCUGUGCUGAGAAUUUAGUAGGCAUUCAACAAAUAACUAAUCAGUUAAAUAACUGUGAACCUUUAUAGGGGAUAGCUAUUUCUUAUUGAUUGUAUAUGUAUAUAUUAUGUAUUAAAUAUAUAUUUGUUUAAUAUAUUUAAUAUAUAUUUAAUGCAUUUUAUGAAAAGGCUUAAUAGGCAAUAGAAGGCAAAUUCCUUCUAAGAACACAGGUUGCAUUACAGAAUUAAAUGUCAAAUACUGCUACUGUUUUUAAAAGUUCAGAGAAAAUUAGAGUCUAAAGAAAUGAAACAAAAUUUGAAAAGGCAUUUUUCAGAGCAUGCAGCUGUAGCUGCUUUGAAAGAUAUAUUGAGUAUUGAUGAUGCUGGGAGAGGGAGGUGAAGACAAACUGUUGAUGGGGGGUGGGCAUGAAGAGUAUAUGAACAAAACCUUGAAGUUAGGGGAAUAUGGCUUUUCUGGGAGAACUUUGCUAGUUUUAUUUGAUAAUGUGUAGAAGGAAUUUAUGGGGAACUGUGGAAUUCAAGUUUGGAUUCUUGGUGUGAAUCUGAUACUGAAUCCACAGCAGGAUUUUGGGUUUUUCUGUUGUUUGUAUUAGCUGUUAGUUAGGAAAGUAGACUGAGGAGAGUUAAAGUAUUUUGAGUACAGAAGAGACCUUGUUUCUUUGGCUAGUGGUGGUAGGAUAAUACUAGUCAAGUAUAUAUAGCAAAUUAUAAAAUAAACGCAUUUGAAAGGUGAAAAGCAUUCCCCUUCAGGAAGCAGGAGAAAUGGGAAGACUCUAAAAGAGUAAUCCAAGAUUAGAGUGAUAAUAACUCAGAUAGUUUUCUAUCUCCUUCAGGUAUAGUUUUUCCAUAAAUAUUUUGCUUUAACAUCCUUGU